AAUGAAGAGUAUAACAGGAGUGCUAGUGAUUUUACUAUUGAGUUAAAGUGUUUUGUGUAGUCCAAAGAAGAUCAACACAGAUUUUUUGAAUUUGCUUAGUUCUAAGACAAAUGUGAUGAGUUCCUAGGAUGCCAUAUAAUCUGUUUUGACACUCUUGGAAGAUUUAUAAGGUGCUAAUGUAGAAGCUCAAGAUAAAGCUGAUCUUACCUUCUAAAGAUUUGAGAAUGCUAUCUUAUAAGAUAUCAAUGAAUUCUCAGGAAUUGUGAAUGUAAACUCAAAGAGUGCUGCAGCUGCCUAACAAGACCUUGAAGCUGUUGAGUAAUUCUUUAUCUUACUUAAUUAAGCUUGAAGAUACAACAAACUACAGAUUACUUGAAUUGGAAUAAUAAGAGAUAUAAAGCUAAUGAACUUAAAUUAGAAAAUUUGGCAGAGUAAUCUCUUUUUUAUUAAAUUAUAGAUAACGUUGUGAAGCAAAUGCUUUGUUCAUUGAUACCCUUAGAGAGUACAAAAAUGCACUUUCAGUACUUGAUUGGGUUAGAAGUGAUGCUCAAAGCAAAUAAGCUAAUUUGAUUGAAAAAAGUCAUGUUGGAGAUUAUGCUGAGAAAUUGAGCAAAUAUGCUAAUCUUUUUGAAGAAUAAGCAGUCUAAGACUUUGUAAAAUUAGGAGAUGAUGAAACUUCAUUCUCAUAAACUAGUAUAUUUGAUAAUUUAUUCAAUAGGAUAGAGAGGAAAUGGUGAAUAAUUAGUGUAAUUGAUGACAAAAGAUGUUGUAGGUGUUAUUUAAUAAUUGAUUGAAAAAUUAAGAGAAACAAUUAAGGGAUUAGAAGAGUAAGAAAUACAAUCUGCCAAUGAUUUUGCUGAUUUCAAGACCAAUAUUUUGGCUGAAUAAGAAUCUUUGAAAUAAGAAUAUGAUGCUAAAGCUAAGUUCUUGAAUUCUUUAUAGAAUGAUAAAGAAUUAGCAUCUGAUAUUUUAACAAAGAAGAAGGAGUUAUAAGAUUAAAGUAUGAGAAUUCUCAGUUUGACAUAAGGUAUUAUAUAAAUUAAUUACUUUUUGUAGAAGAGUAUAAUUAUAAAAAGAAAUUAUAUAAUUCAGAGAAGGCUAAAAGACAUGAGGAGAAUUAAUUAUUAGAAGAAUCUUUGUUGAUUUACAGAGAGAAGAUUUCAACUGUAAAUGAAUAUCUCAAGAAACGAGUUAAUGAAUAUGUUGGUGAUGCUUUGAUUGAAGAACAUGCAGUAACCAAAUAAUAAUCAGUUUCAGCAAGAAAGGGAUAAUGAC